AUGGAGAAGCAAUAUUUGAGCUUGACAUACAAAUUUUUCUUGGUUUGGUCCGUAUCGCUCAAUUUUCUUCUCUUUUCUUUGGUAAUUAGUCGUAAUUCAGAGCUGAGUUGGAGCAAAAAAGCAGCUGCGGAAGCUGAAGCUGCUGCUUCAGUUUCAUGCUCAGGCCAUGGAAGUGCCUACCUAGAUGGCUUAGUUUUAGAUGGUGGAAAACCAGUUUGUGAAUGUAAUGGAUGCUAUACAGGCCAUGAUUGUUCAGAGCUUAUACCUGACUGCAUUGCAGACGCUGAUAGCGGAAACCCGACGUUCUUGGAGCCUUUCUGGAGGAAGAAUGCAGCAAGUAGUGCAACUAUGGUGGCAGGAUGGCAUCGCAUGGGCUAUGAAUUUGAAGAUGGUUCACUAACAUCUAAAGAACUGGAGAAGCAAAUACGAAAGCUGCAUGCUACAGCUGGGAAUGCAAUCACAGACGGCAAAUACAUAGUCUUUGGCGGUGGCUCGACUCAGCUUCUUAGUGCAGCGGUAAAUGCUCUUUCAUCCAAGGUUUCAUCAUCACCUACAAAGGUCGUUGCAUCUGUGCCAUAUUACCCGGUUUAUAAAUCUCAAACAGAACUCUUCAAAUCAAUGAAUUUCAACUUCAGUGGAGAUACAAUGUCGUGGAAAAGAUCAUCAAAUUCUUCAAUGAAUUUCAUUGAGUUUGUCACUUCGCCUAACAACCCUGAUGGUCAGUUAAAGACUGCCAUCCUUCGAGGCCCGAAUGCCAAGCAAAUUCAUGAUCUCGCCUACUAUUGGCCACAUUAUACGUCAAUUCCAUCUCCAAUAGAUGAAGAUCUCAUGAUUUUCACACUUUCUAAGCUCACCGGUCAUGCUGGAAGCCGUUUAGGGUGGGCAGUCAUCAAAGACGAAAAUGUAUAUGACAGAAUGGUGAAUUACAUCGAUCUAAACACCUAUGGAAUAGCCAGAGAAACUCAGCUGAGAGCUUCGAAGCUUUUAAAUGUAGUCCUUCAAGGGGAUGGACGAAAUUUCUUUGACUUUGGCUAUGAAACUAUGAAGUUACGAUGGCAAAAAUUAAGGAAAAUUUUAUCAGCAUCAUCAAAACGAUUCUCCAUCCAAGAACUCAAGCCACAUUAUUGCACAUUUUCAUCAGAAAUAAGGUCUCCUGCUCCAGCUUUUGCUUGGAUCAAAUGCAACGAGGAAGAAGAGAAAGACUGUCAUGCUGUCCUACGUGCAGCAAAGAUCUUAGGCCGCCGAGGGCGUGUAUUUGGUGCAAACAGCAGCUACGUGCGUUUGAGCCUUGUCAAUAGCAAAGACGAAUUCAAUCUGUUGAUGCACAGACUUGAGAUGCUAGUUUUUGAGGAAGCAACAAAUUCAGUGGUCGAAUUUACUCUGGGAGACAACGAAAUGAGGAAUCGUUAUUACGUUCCACGGAAUGGUACCUCAGCCUCAGGCAAAGAUACUUGCGAAUCAAUAGAGGUCGCUCAAAUUAAUACUCAAACUUGUGCAGCGCAAUGA